AUGAAUAAGACAGAGCAGACUAUUACAUGUCCUGUUUGUGGGAAGAAGGUCGCAUUUCUUAAGAUUAACUCGCAUUUGGAUAAAUGUACUGAAGAACCGAAAGGGAAUCGCGAGCAACCAACUUUGAAGACAUUUUUGAGCAGCAAACGGAAGGCAGACGAAAUUGUUAUUGAUGAUGUGCCGGACAACUCGGGUGUUGCGCUGCAAUCAACAACUUCUUGUGACUGUCAGAUACAGGGUACCGACACUCGUGAGCACAAAAUGAGGAAACCAGAAUGGACUAGACCAAUGGCAAAUAACAUGGAUCUGGAGAUUAAACAAUUGCAAAAAGUCCAACAUCUGCCACUUAGUGAGAAAUUACGACCAAAAUCUUUGAACGACUACAUAGGUCAACAGCAUAUUCUCAACAGAGAAACUGGAUGCCUAUAUUUAUACAUAGAAAAGGGAAUAAUACCAUCUAUGAUCUUAUGGGGUCCGCCUGGAGUUGGUAAAACGUCCUUAGCAAGGCUACUAACAAACACUGUUAAUAUUCAAUCAGACGCGAGUACCAAAUAUCUUUUGUUGGAAACGAGCGCGACGAAGGCCAACACGACAGAACUAAGAAGCAUAUUUGAUAAAAGUAAGAAAGAAUACCAUUUAACUAAGCGGAUGACGGUUUUAUUUAUUGAUGAAAUACACCGUUUUAAUAAGGCGCAGCAAGACUUACUACUACCGCACAUAGAGAAUGGUGAUAUUGUAUUGAUUGGAGCCACUACAGAAAAUCCAAGUUUUCAAUUGAACAACGCCUUGUUAAGCCGAUGUCAGUUAUUUGUGUUGGAAAAACUAAAUGACAAAGAAUUGAAAAUUGUUCUUAUCAGAGCCAUAGCACUGUUGAAUAAAUAUAGGUCAUUAAUAUGGAAAUAUUCUGCACCAUUAAAAUUCGAUGAAGAUUGUUUCUCCUUCAUCUAUGAUACAGCUAUGGGAGACACCAGGCGAGCUAUCAAUCUUCUUGAGUUGUUGGAAAUAUCUACCCGGUUCAAAGUAGAGGGGCCAAUAUCUCUCGAUAAAGUAAAAGGGCUCAUAAGUUCAAAUGGUGAACUCCGCACAUACUACGAUACCCACGGGGAAAAUCAUUACGAUACUAUAUCUGCAUUUCAUAAGAGCGUUAGGGGUGGUGAUGAAAAUGCAGCUUUAUAUUACUUGGCAAGGAUGCUACAAGGUGGGGAGGACCCACUCUUUAUCGCAAGAAGAAUGAUACGAAUAGCCAGUGAAGAUGUCGGUUUAUCUGAUCCUUUCCAACUACCUUUUUCUGUGGCAGCUCAUGAUGCAGUAAUGAAGGUAGGGUUACCUGAAGCUGAGCUAGCUCUUGCUCAAUGUGCUGUCUCCUUAAGUAGAGCAUCAAAAUCGGUAGAAUUGUAUCGAGGGUGGAACAAACUCAAGGCAAUGCUUAAAACGAACGAAUCUGGAGCAGCUGAUUGUCCCAUCCCGUUACAUAUUCGUAAUGCUCCCACUCGGAUGAUGGAAGAGUUGGGAUAUGGGAAAGGUUACAAAUACAAUCCAAACUUUAAAGAUGGAAAAGUUCUGCAAGAGUAUUUUCCACAGGAGUUACUUGACAGGUGUGGUCGUAAGGAACUCACGUUUCUCAAUGGUAAAGCACUUGGAGACAUGGAAGAUCCAGAUCUGACUUCUCACCAGAACUAA